CUAAAAUUAAUCGUAAAUUAGCUCGAUCUCUCUAGCGAUUUGAAGCUCGAUAGGGAUCGUGUGGGUAAACAUUUUAUUUACUAAAAUGGCUGAUCAAGUGCUUGUAGAAUUGGAGGCAGCUGCACAAAUUAUUUUGGCACCUCCUAAUCUGAUUACUCAAGAGCAACGUCAGUCAGCGGAGGCAGUGUUUCUAAACUUCCGUAAAACUAAGUCACCCUAUCAGCUAUGCAGGGAGAUUCUAGAACGCAGCCCUGUCGAUUACGUACUCUUCGAAUCAGCUGGUUUAAUAAAAAACGCCUUAGUCCGAGAAUGGUCGAUGAUGCCAGCGGCGGACAUCGUUUCUCUAAGGCAAUAUCUACUGCAUUAUAUUAUAAGCAAACCUCAACUGGCACCUUUUGUCAGAGAACGGAUACUACAAGUUAUAGCUAUCAUGGUGAAGAGAGGAAGCGUAGAAGAUUUUGGACAAGACAGGGGACAAAUUUUAAACGAGGUUGAAGGACUUAUUAUGAGCGGAGAUUUACGAAGGCAACUGUUGGGCUGCAGCAUAAUAUCUUCUUUAAUGCAAGAAUAUGCAAACACUGUGAAGUCUUCGGAUGUGGGUCUGACCUGGGAGAUACAUUUUGAAGUAAAAAAAAAGUUUGAGAUAACAGACUUGAAGAGAAUCUUUAAAUUUUGCGUCGGUCUACUAGGAGAACUAACUAAAGAAGAUAUUCAGGAACCACUGCUGCCCCUCAUAAAACAUCUACUGUCAAUUACAGAGGGCAUACUUGUCUGGGGAUAUAUAUCUGCACAUUUGCCCAAAAGAUUAAUAGGAGCAUUUGAAUCUGCUUAUGAAUCUGAUGGCAGCCCAGCUCUGCGGCUCCGUCCAAUGUGGCGUGAUGUAAUCUUGGAUCCAACCGUCCUUGAUCUAUUCUUUACACUUUACUGGAAAGUACGCACGAAUCCACAGCUCGCUCAUCAUGCCAGGAACUGCUUGGUCCAGCUGGCAACUCUAAACGGAGGCGUGAUGAACCCUGCAGAAGUGAAAACACAGUAUUUGACUUCUUACAUGCGCAGCUUCCUGAAGCUCGUUUCAAAUAUUGAUAUUAUAGACCAAGAAGCUAUUGGAAUAUCCAACAUGGUUAGGAAAGUCAUCACAUUUUUUAGAGUCACCCUCACCUCUUUACCCGAAGAUAUACUUAGGUUAUUCAUGGAACAAAUGACACGUCUCACUUGUUUGUUUGCCGAAGGAGCUGCGCAGGAAGAAUCGAUGUGUGCAGACGACUGCCUCUACAUGGAAGCUUUUGAGCACAUGUUAGAGGCUUGGAUAUCAGUUUUAUCAGAAGCACAUUUAUUCCCAUCUGAAUUUUGCAAGCAGAGUUCGGCGCAGAUAUUCAAUACGUACCUACGUUGCCAUUUGUCUCCACCAGACGGUACAAGAGGUGCCGGAGGGAAGGAAUUAAAUGACGAGGAAAUUGACGGGACAGAAGAGAACGACAGGACCAAGUUCAAAGAACAACUGCAAACAAUCGGAAACUUUGGCCGGCAAGUUCCAGGCCAUUCUUUACCACUUCUCGCACGUCUAUUAGAAGACAGAACCAAUAGAUUGAGUGGGCAGCUCAACAGAAUCGCAGAUCAGUCUCAGCCUAUGAGCAUAUCGAGUUCCUCACUUGUAGAAGCUUUAUACGAGGAUAUGCACUGGCUGGUCCUCAUUGCGGGUCACGUUCUGUGUAUGGAGUCAGAGGGAGAAUUUCCUCUAAUCCCUUCUGAAAUUAUGAGAUACAGUAUGGAGCAGACUCAGCAUGGCCAAGUCAAUGUGGAUACGACAAUGCAGCUUUUAGCUUCACCUCAGAACAGUCUCUCGGAUAUUGACGGAGCAGAGCAAUCAGCCGAUCACGUUAUAAGAUUGGUAUCUGCGGUAUUUCGAUUGUGUCAAAUAGAAAAGAUUGCGAUAUCUGCAAACCUCACUAAUAUGUUGAGUCCUGAAUUGAGCAGCACAAUUGUCUGGUUCCUGCAGAGAUGGUCUCUAAGCUAUCUUCUGCCGCCAGAACAAUUUUACUCAGAAAUUAGUACGACACUUUUACAAGCAUUUGGGGAAGACACUCCCGGUUCAUUGUGGACAGUGAGUUUUCUUCUGGAGAAAAUAGAAUGCAACAUAAAUGCAUUCAAAGGGGAGCCUAAUCUCGUCAAGGAAACUAUUCAGCUCCUCGUCACCCUAGUAGAGUCUCAGAUAAAGAGCAACUGCGUAUUAAAAUCCGGGCGACUCGGAAGCCUCGUAAAUUUAGCAACGAAAGAUCGAUUUGAUUUGUCUCAGACUGUGAAACGAGGCUUAAUGCGAGCCUUAGUCCAGAUCGGAGCCGCUGUUCAAGAUCCUGCCUCCCAACGUCAGUACUGGGCCCAGACGUUACAACCUUUACAUGAUAGAUUACAACUCGUUCGCAGUGAAUCAUUUUCUCAAACUUACCAUCAGGAGGAAGUCAGGCUUCAGAUUAUAGACGUCCUAGAAUCGUUUAUCGGAGUUGCUCAGGGAGUUCAAAGCUCGAUCGUAGAUCUAGUAUUCGAACUAACUGCUCCAGUUUUAAAUGAGCUUCCAAAUUUACUUUCCCUGUACCAUAACUACCAACAAAUAGUGCAAUUGAUACUAGAACUUUUCUGCGAAUGCACGAGACGGGUGCUCUGUUACUUAUCUCAGGCAGAUAGUAUACGAAUUUAUGAAGCAUGCCUUCACACGGUUCGGGCUUAUGCUCGAUGCAACACGAACCGUUUAACGGUAGAAUCCACAGCGGAGGAAGAUACCUUUCAAGAUAUUUUACUUCUUAUGCAAUUACUUACGAAUUUAUUAAGCAAGGAAAUAAUCGACUUCAGCCCAAGUGAAACACCAGAGAAUCAGGAACAAGCCGUUACUCCAGUAGAUGUAUUUCUCUUUGGAUUAAAUAUCGUCAUGCCUCUAAUGACCAUGGAUUUACUAAAGUUCCCAUCUCUCUGUUUGCAGUAUUUCAAAAUGAUCGCUUUCGUCUGUGAAAUAUAUCCAGGGAAAGUUUGUACCCUACCAACAGAGCUGUUACGACAAUUACUGGUCUCUGUCGAAGUUGGGCUCUUUUCUUUCGGACAUGAAAUCACUGUCCUUUGCUGCGACAUCAUCCAACUCAUUACAAAGCACAUCUACACGGUGUCAGAAAAAGGAGGACCGAAAAACCAGCUCAUGGCGCCUUUCUUAAACUUGCUGAUGAAUCUCAUAUUAUCUCAGCAGAUAAAUUCUGAUCUAAUAUCCAAUACUAGAAUGCCUCUGUUCUACUUGAUAUGCUGUUACAAAGAACAGUAUCAGCAAUUAGUACAAAAUUUUUUAUCCGCUCAACCGGAUCCUCAAAUAACGGAGAGACUGAGUGUCGCUUUUACAAAAUUAACAGCUAACAUAGAACUAGGUGUAGAGCGAACACAAAGGCUGAGGUUCACGGAAAAUUUCGACAAAUUCAUCGUCAACGUUCAAGGAUUCUUGAUGGUCAAGUAAGCUUGUACCCAAUAGCGUUAGGUAUUCAAUUAUACGUGGAUAAAUUAUUGCCGAUAAAUUAAAAUUGGCUGAUCUGAACGCGUAUUGUAAGAAAAUGUUCAAAUUGAAAAUUGCGACCCAUGAAUUUUUAUUUAUUUGACAAAAAUAAUAACAAAUUAUGAAGGAAAUAAUAAUAAUAAUGAUCGAAUUGAUUAUUUGAUGAACAAAUAAUUUUGACUUUACAGGUGUUGUUGAUGUGUGUGUAAUUCUAUUCAAAGUUUGAAUUUUUUGAAAACUGUUAUUUAUUUUACUUAUUCUUUCUCUUCAUUUAUCGGUAUCAUGAAUCUACUCUUCACACAUCUAUUACCAUAGUAAAUAGGUACUAUAUUAGGCUAUCGAUAUACCCGGAUAAGUAUUUUAUUUAUUCAUUGGUCAUCGGGUAUUUUUCGUCAACAGCAAAAAUGUUUUUAACUUCAACAUUUGAGAAAUUUACUUUGAGCAUCAUCUGGCCCUAGUUCUUGUCCUUCGUCUUCUUCUUCUUCUACUACUAUUACCACUUCUUAUUCAUCAUGAACAUACUACACCGAAAUUUAAUCUUUCUUUUGCCAUGCAAAAGUCAAAGAGACAAUGAGCUCGGUUGUACAAAUAAUCGAAUGUAGGGUAAAAUGACGAGAUGAUGGAAGAAUAGUGUUAUUAGAGAAAAGAAAGAACCAAGAAUUUGAACAAGAAAAAGAUUGAAUAAAUGUAGAUUUCGGUACAGAGUAUAAUUUUCAACUUGUAAAGUGCUAUUAUAUUAUGUUACCUAACUGCAACGUCAAGAAUUAUGCAUGUAUGCCUGUACGUAAGAUGAACGUAUACAUAUAUUAAUACAUAAUUCAAGGAUCUCAUGGCACCAAAAUUAGUUGAAUAAAAAUUGAUUAAAGCAAAAGAAUGUUCUUUUAUCAUAACUUUAUAUCUUCAUAAUGUCGAUUUCCGUUAAUAUUUUCAAAUAAAUAUACUUGCUAUGCAUUGCGCAGAUUCUGAUUAUUUGUUAAUUAGCCAAUGUAGAAGUAUCCAGAACAGUAUUCAUGAUAUGUAUUGAAUUUAAAACGGAUAGAAUCAAGAAACACGGCAGAGUCUCGCGCCAAGUACAUCCGACAAAACGGUACAGAUUACAGAUAAACACUUUAAUUCUAAACUGGCAAUUUUUACUGAGAAUGUGCAAUUGAGAUAUUCUAAUACUACCGCAGCUUAUUUUGUAAAGAGCUUGAUGUAAAGUAUGAAUACCUAAUAAAGUCUAUCAACCUUA